AUGACUACAAUGAACACGAUCUCAACAGCACUGAACCUUGUAGAUUCGAAGAAAGAGAAUCUGAAGAAAGCUUUCGAUGAUCUCCAAUCCCUUCUCUCUCCCCUUCCUCUCUCGUGGCCAGACCUGGAUUCGCACUUCACCUCGCUCCAUAACUCUCUUUCCGACCGCUUCCACCUCCUUCAAUCCCAAACCCUAACCCUAACCCCAAUUUCCGACCCACCUGCCCAAGCCUGUGCAGAAGCGAACUUUUCAUCAAACCCUAACGACCCAUCAUCGAAUCAUGACGAAUCUUCGCCCAGGGUGUCCCCCCAAAACGACGCCGUUCCGGGCUCGGUUACGCCUAGAAGCGAAUUGGUCGUUCUUUGCGAGAAAAUGGACAGUGUGGGGUUGAGGAACUACGUCAAUGACCACUUUUUGGACAGGGCCAGGGUUCAGGCGGAGCUUCCCGGCGCAUUUCACCACGCGCCGGACGCGGGGGUGAUGGUUCUGGAAGCGUUGGAGGGGUUUCAUGGAGAGGGUAGUGGUAGUGGAUUGAAGGAAUGCGAACUGAGGAAAAUGAGGAAGAGUUGUAUUGUGUUGUUGAAGCAAUUCAGGGUUGCUGCUCUGAGUGUGAGUGCUGAGGCGAGUGUGAGAGCCAUGAAGUUGGCCCAGGAAUGGAAAGAGAGGUUGGUGGGUGAUGAUGACAAUGUGUUUGGAGCUUUGGGGCUUUUGCAUUUGAUUGCUGCAUUUGGUCUGGUCUCUGAAUUCAGCUUGGACGAGCUUGUGGACUUUUCCGUGGCGGCCCCCACCAAUGAGGAGUUCCCAGAGCUGUGCCGGGCGGUCGGGUUGGUGGAGAAAGUUCCCGAUAUUGUUCAGAAACUUAUAGAUAAGGACAAACAUAUUCCAGCUGUCAAGUAUAUUCUUGAGUUUAAUCUUGCUGAUAAGAUUCCACCUGUUCCUGUUUUGAAAGCUUGUGUGGAUGAAGCUAAGCAACUUGCUAAAAAACUUUCGGAGGAAGGAAAGCCAUCUAGUGAGAGUACCGCUAGAGAAAUUCAUACACUGAAAUUGGUGAUCAAGAUUAUUGAGAAUUAUAAGCUUGAAUCUGAAUAUCUACGAGCUAGCCUUGAGCAGCGCAUAGAGCAAUUAAAGAAGCAGAAGACUAAUAAUAAACGUCCUGCACCAGCUCCUGCUGCAAAGGCUCAGCAUCAACAACAACACAGGAAUAUGCAGAAGCAGCAGCAAACUGGGAUCAAGCAUCCUCGAUCAUCUGCUCCAAUUGCUUCUGCAGCUGUCUUCAAGAAUGUCAAUAAUGUCAAUUCGGUAAUGCACCACUACCAGCAACCCCUUGUCCAUCCAUCAGGUCCUUCAGCUGGACCUUAUGGCCAUGAUGGUGUCCCAAUGGGUCCCAGUGGCAACCCCAAUCUAGGUGGUUCUCAUCUAAGCUCAUCAGCGCCACAUGUGCCAACUGGUGGUUAUUAUGAAAGAACCUCUACUUAUGGUGGUACGGGUCUGCAACAUUAUUACCAAGCAUCUCAUUAUCCUCAAUAG